UUGCCAGCAACAAUUGCCAGCUUCACGGAGCUUUAAUGAUAGAGGUCAUGGCAAGAUAUGUUGUAGUGGUUCAACUUGAUGUAGUUUAUGUUAUUGGGGUCAAUGCGCUUACAGCUGAUUACAGCUAGCUAAAAUUAUGUCUCGGCUGCUUUCAAGCGGACAUUAGCGAGCUUAAUGGCAUUUUAUAGCGCCGAGCGUUUGCAGAACAGCAUCAUCAGAUAGUUAAUGUUAACACGCUAGCUUGCUAUAGCUUGCAAGUGGACAUGAGUCCUGCUGCUGGAUCGUGGGGGGGCAAUGCUCCGACUCUCCCGGUCGCUCAGGACUCCCCUGGUGCGCCUUUCUCGCUAACGGCUGAUCUCCUGCGCCUUUUCAGCUAUGUGAAAUACGAAAAUUUAGCUGCCGGGCUGAGCGGAGGAGUCAUGUCAACAAUGGUGCUUCAUCCUCUGGAUCUUGUCAAAAUUAGAUUUGCAGUGAGUGAUGGGUUGGCCCUGAGGCCCAAGUACGACGGAAUGCUGCACUGCAUGAAAAGCAUCUGGCAAUUAGAGGGAAUCAGAGGCCUUUACCAAGGAGUGACGCCAAACAUCUGGGGAACAGGAGCAUCCUGGGGCUUUUAUUUCUUCUUCUACAAUGCGAUCAAGGCAUUCAAUCAAGAAGGUCGCCAGUCUGAACUGAGCGCUGCAGAGCACCUGGUGUCUGCAGCACAGGCAGGGGUGCUGACACUGUGCCUGACAAACCCAGUCUGGGUGACAAAGACCCGCCUUGUCCUGCAGUAUAAUGUCGACCCCGACAGAAAGCAGUAUAAGGGGAUGCUGGAUGCCCUGUGGAAGAUAUAUCGCCACGAAGGGAUCCCAGGACUCUACAGGGGCUUUGUGCCUGGCCUCAUUGGCACUUCCCAUGGUGCACUGCAGUUCAUGGUAUACGAGGAGCUGAAGAGAGAUUAUAACAAGUACAAGAAGAUGCCAUCAGAUGCACAUUUGACUCCAUCGGAAUACAUUGGAAUGGCAGCAGUGUCCAAAAUAUUUGCUGUAGCCACAACGUACCCCUACCAGGUAGUCCGUGCACGCCUGCAGGACCAGCACAACACCUACGGUGGGGUCCUGGAUGUGCUCAGGAGGACGUGGAGGAAUGAGGGGGCGGUUGGAUUUUACAAAGGGAUGGUGCCCAAUCUGAUCCGAGUCACCCCAGCUUGCUGCAUCACUUUCGUGGUCUACGAGCACGUGUCCCGCUUUUUGCUCGGGCAAAACAUAUGAAAGGUGCAGGGCGUCUGCUGAGAUGCCCGAAGGGGCCUGGUGAGGGGCCCACGUGAAAACACAACCAGGCAGGGCCCACAAGACGCCUGUAUGGGGCCCUCAAACUUUACUCGAAGACAAGAUCCUCAGACGUCUUCCACGGCGGGCACAAGUGAACUUGAGAUGGAUGUAAAAACUGGUAUUUCCCAGCUGGAUCCCAGAAUCAUGCAGUUGGCACGGAUGUUUGACAGUGAUGGAGGAGCCACUGUGAAUAUGACUGUUACAUCCCAGAUAAAGGCCCGAUAUUUGGACAGAGCUUCUCGCCACGUCCUGAAGAAUUGUGUUGUUAAAUCCUCCUGGAACAAUCAGGAAACAAUCAUGGGAUUUAAAGUUAUAAACUCUACUCUUUGUAUCAUACUGCCACUUGUAUUCUUUGUCACCUUAAUAAAUGAGUAUUCUGUCAGACAUGAAAGUAUUAGAAGGCAGGGUUUGUUCUAUGUGAAAUAAAAUAAAGAGAAAGUGUUGUUUUGGAAAACACAGGCACUUAUUAAUCAAUAUCUAUAAAGGAUGCUUGGUACAUUACCCGGAAUAUUUCUUGAAUUUUAAAUUCAAAUAUCAAUUAAAAUUGUUUCAAGUUGCCAUUGAACACGACAUGUUAUAUAAUCCUCACAUUUUCCAUGGAGAAGCCCUUGCUGUUUGUAAAAUUACACUGGUGUGUUAUUGUGUGAAAAUAUUUUUUACUAUGACAUGCUGUUCAUGUGUUUCGUGUGUUGUUUGGGACUGAAGACUUCUUAGAUUCCACAUCUGCACUAGGUAACUCUCGCUCGUUCCGUUUGGUGGAUAAUACUUUACCUUAAACUCAGCGAUGCUCAAUGUAAUCACUAUUGUAUUACCUCUAUUCCACUUACGCAGUUUCUGUAAAUGCUGGUGCUAUGUAGGGAAGUUCGGCAGGCCAUGUCUUUGACUAUCGUGUGUUUUCGUGUAAAGCAACAAGCCAUAUUAUUUCUUGCCAAAUGCAGGGCACACCCUCUAGCAUUGAUAAUAUAAUAAAGAACUUUAUAUCCAG